AUGUCAGACUCAGACGUCUCCCGACCCGCUGCAACCGGUCGUUCCGCUGGUUCUGGUGUUGCGAAGCCCCCAGGGGCGCAAAUUCGGCGGAGAGCGACGAGCACGCCGGUCGCGAAACCUAACUCCACGCGCGCCGCGGGCGCAGGCGGGUCAUCAAACACGAUGCUGAAGCUCUACACGGAUGAUUCACCAGGACUCCGGGUAGACCCGUUCAUCGUGCUCGUUCUAUCACUCUCCUUCAUUGCCUCCAUUUUCUUCCUUCACAUCUCUGCGAAGAUCAUUCGUGCGUUCACAAAAUAG